UCUGAGGAUGAAGAAGAACCUGAUGAGUCUGAGGAGCGGGGCACGGGUCCCCUGGCUCUGACCUAUAAACAGUCCUCUGAGCCUGAAUCUGGAGACUCCAGACUGGAAGGCUGGAUUUCACUUCCUUCCAAGAACACCAAGCGGUUUGGCUGGGACAGAAAAUAUGUGGUUGUAAGCAGCAAGAAAAUACUGUUUUACAACACCGAGCUGGACCGAGAGCAAGCCAACCCUUUCAUGACCCUGGACGUCGAUAAGCUGUUUCAUGUUCGACCUGUCACUCAAACGGAUGUGUACCGAGCAGACGCCAGAGAAAUUCCAAGAAUAUUCCAGAUCUUGUACCCCAACGAAGGCGAGAGUAAACGCAAUCAGGAAGUUGUGAUCGAACCGGCGCCGUAUGAACGUCCAAACUACAUCAGCUACAAGGGCCACGAAUUCAUCCCCACCCUGUACCACUUCCCAUCCACCUGUGACGCCUGCACGCGGCCGCUGUGGAACGUCUUCAAACCUCCGCCGGCCUUCGAGUGCCGCCGCUGCCACGCAAAGUGCCACAAAGACCACGUGGACAGAAAGGAAGAAAAGAUUGAGCCCUGCUGGGUGAACUACGACAUGUCCAGCGCCAAAGAGCUGCUGCUGCUGGCCAACUCCGCAGAGGAGCAGCAGCGCUGGAUCACUCACCUCCUCAAACGCAUCCCGAGGAAAACCCCGAUGUUGAAUGCAUCCUCCGCAACCCUGACCUGCCCUCAGGAACCGACACUGAGCUCGUCUCCAAGGAUCUCCCCAAAGCCUUCACCCAGGAACUCUCCUCACCUGUCGGCUCAUCGCGGCGCCAUCAAGAUCCAGUCCACCAGACAUCAGCAGACAGCAGAAAAGUCCAGUGCUGGCCCCAUGCUCCGCAUCAUCCUCCACUGACCCCUGACCUCCUCACCUCUCACCCUAC